AUGGGCUUUUUCGGGUGGUACGCUAUUCCCCCUCUUAUGCCGGUCAUUAAGACACAAUUAGGACUUACGGACAGUCAAGUUUACAAUUCGGAUAUUGCUAGUACGGCUAGUACUAUUCUCUCUCGUAUUGCAGCAGGUCCAUUACUUGAUCGGUUUGGACCACAAGCCGUACAGAGUGCAGUACUCUGGUUUGGUGCAAUCCCUAUUGUCUGUGCCGCCUUUGUGAACUCCUCAACGAGUUUAGUUAUUGUCCGGUUUUUUAUUGGACUCAUUGGCUGCGUCUUCGUAUCCAGUCAAUACUGGACGACCAUUACAUUUGCUCGCAAUGUCGCAGGUACGGCCAAUGCAAUUACUGGUGGACUAGGUGUCUCAGGUAUUGGCUUUUCCUUCCUCGUGCUGCCUUUCGUGUAUGAAGCCAUGACUUCCAGCGGUCAUGUAUCGGAGGAUCUAGGCUGGCGAAUUACUAUUGCUUUGCCUGCCGUGCUGGUUGUUAUUAUGGGUACUGUGAUCCGUUUCGCAGUGGACAGUUGUCCUACAGGUGACUUCCAAGAGCUCAUGAACACCAAGCGAAAAGCUGAGCAGUUUGCUUCUGUUCAGACAAACAUCAGCGAUUGCUCUAGUAGCCUUCCAAUGACACAACAUCAUGCAAGUGAACAACCGAAAACUAUGAGCAUGCUUCAGUCAUUUAAAAUUGUGCUGACGGACACGAACGUCCUAGUCAUGAUUGCUCAAUACGCAGCUGCGUUUGGCACGGAACUGCAGCUGAAUAACAUGGGCGCGCUUUACUUUUACACCCAGUUCACCAAGGAGGGUUGCGUACCAACAAAUAGCACUCUCUGCUACUUGCUGUCAAAGACCAGUGCUGCCACUGUCGCGUCGUCGUUCGGACUCAUGAACAUAUUUUCUCGCGCUCUGGGUGGUUUGGCCUCAGACGCAGUGAGUCGCCGAUUGGGUAUGCAAGGCCGUCAGUGCGUACAGUUUACACUUAUGUGCAUACUGGGUGUGUUUGUCAUCACGUUGGGUCAGCUGGAGUCGCUUGGUGCGUGUAUUACAUUCUACAUUCUCGUUGCCAUCGCCGCACAGGCAACCGGCGGCUCGACCUAUGGCAUUGUCCCGUAUUUGAACGAACAGCACACGGGUACUGUCAAUGGCUUGGUCGGUGCUGGUGGCAACCUGGGCGGCGUGAUCUACGGCCUCAUUUUCCGCACCACUGAUGAGUAUAGCUCUGGGCUGCUGUACACUGGUAUCAUGAUCUUGGCCUGUGCGCUGCUCACUCCAUUGCUGCGACUCUCACAUUUGGAGAAGAAUCAGGAAAGAACUACUACCCUCCAGUCUCCCAGCGACACUUUCAAGAAACCACACAGCACAGAGUGCAUUGGAGAGCAACCGUGCGAUUAA